GGCUUUUUCUUGAGGGUUUUCAGUCAAACUUGCAAUUUUUUGAAUCUGUAACCUCACUAUUCAAGCUCAUCCAUUUCCUUUAUGGCUCUUCUUCCAUCAUCUUCAUCUUCUUCUUCUUCUUCUAAGAGAUGGAAAUUUGAUGUAUUUCUCAGUUUUAGAGGUGAGGAUAUCCGCAAAACAUUUACAAACCAUCUAUAUAUUGGUUUGAAACAAAAAGGAAUAUCUGUUUUUAGGGACGAUGAAAAACUCAAGCAAGGAACAUUCAUUGCCCUAGAACUCUUGAAAGCAAUAGAAGAAUCGAGGUUUGCGGUCGUUAUUCUAUCAAGAGACUACACUUCUUCAAAGUGGUGCUUGAUUGAAUUAACAAAGAUCGUUGAGUGCAUGGAAAUAACGGGAUUGGUAGUUCUACCUGUUUUUCACUAUGUAGAUCCUAGUGAUGUGCGGAAUCGUAAGGGCACAUUUGGAGAAGCCUUUUCUAAACAUGAAGAGAGUUUCAAGGAUAACAUAGGAUAUGUACAAACGUGGAAAGCUGCUUUGACAAAAGUUGCUAAUCUUGGUGGAUGGGAUUUAAAGGAUAAGAACGAAUUUCUUUGGAAUUAUGCUACUUAUAGUUAAUUUUUAUUUCUUUUUUCUUUUUCAGAAUUUAUUUAUUAUUACUUAUUUAUUAUUUU